GCGCGCGCUCAAUUUCUUGCUCCUGACCUUCAUCUCUCAUAGAAAUUCUACCUCUAAUUCUACCUCUGGCAUGAUGUCUUCCUCAAUGGCGGUAGACCCUUCAAAGCCGUACAAGUUGGACUUGGAGCAAUUCAUCGCGACUGCAGUGUCUGCGACGCCCGCCGAACUACACCCGUUCUUCCAAAGUUUCCAAACUCUUUACAAUCGAAAGCUAUGGCACCAGCUUACACUCAAGCUCUUCGAGUUCUUCGACCAUCCCCUUUCCAAGCCCUACCGCGUUGACACCUUUCUGCAAUUUGUUCGCGACUUUGAGAGCCGAUUGAAUCAACUCCGCCUCGUCGAGAUGGCUGUGAAGGUGUCGAAGGAGAUCGCCAACCCCCAAACACACGUCGAAUUUCUCUCCGAACUUCUCUCGCGCGUCAACACCGAAGCAUCGCCCGAAGCGCACGUCCUACUGCUCGCCACGAUCGCCGGCGUGAAGCUCACAUAUGGCGACCUCGAGGGCACGCGGACAGAUAUGGACGCUGCGUGGGCGGUGCUGGAGAAGUUGGAGGGUGUGGAUAACGGCGUGAAUGCGGCGUACUACGGCUUGGCGGCGGAGUAUUACCAGCGCAAAGGCGAAUAUGCCCCUUACUACAAGAACUCGCUGCUCUACCUCGCCUGCGUCGACAUCGACAAGGACAUGUCGCCAGAGGAGCGCUUGCAGCGGGCGUACCACUUGGCGCUGUCGGCCUUCCUCGGCGACACGAUCUACAACUUUGGCGAGCUGCUCAUGCACCCGAUCCUCGGCUCGUUGGACGGCACACCGCACGAGUGGAUCAAGAAGCUGCUUUUCACCUUCAAUGAGGGCAACAUCGGCAAGUUCGAGGCGCUUGCACCACUCUUCCCACAAGAGCCCCUCCUGCAAGCCAACUACCCCUUCCUACGCCAAAAAAUCUGCCUGAUGGCACUCAUCGAAUCCGUCUUCAAGCGCAGCGCAGAUAACCGGACAAUGGGCUUCCAGACGAUCGCCGAGGAGACGCGCCUGCCGAUCAAUGAGGUCGAGCACCUCGUCAUGAAGGCGCUCAGCCUCAAGCUCAUCCGCGGUUCGCUCGACCAGGUUGACCAGAAGGCUCAGAUCACGUGGGUGCAGCCGCGCGUGCUGUCGCGCGAGCAGGUGGGCGCGUUGGCGAAGCGGCUGGAGGACUGGGCGGCGAAGCUGGGCUCGGUGGAGCAGAGGCUGACGCCGGAGGUAUUGGUGGCAUCGUAAAGGGUUGAGUGGUAUGUGUAGCGGAGCAAUCCCAUUGUAUCAUAUUGGCAUGUGUUGAUGAGACGAACGGCUGAAGAGAU